CGACCAUUAGUGGAUGAUAGAAUCGGAAAGUAUCCGUUUAUAAAGCUUGGUAUGUCAAUUUAACCUUUAUCCACGAUACUACGAUUGGAAAACAGAAUCGAAAAUGAAGUGAUUUGCUCACUUUGACAGUGAAUUUAUUUGGGGAUUAUUUUACCAGUGAAUUUAUUCUACUCUAAAUAUCAAUUUAAAUAAUUCCUCAAUAAAUUUAAAUAUUUAUAAUGGCGAAGCAUCAUCCCGAUCUUAUAUUUUGCAGGAAACAACCUGGCGUUGCUAUUGGGCGACUGUGCGAGAAGUGCGACGGCAAGUGCGUGAUCUGCGACUCGUACGUGCGGCCGUGCACGCUGGUGCGCAUCUGCGACGAGUGCAACUACGGCUCGUACCAGGGACGCUGCGUGAUCUGUGGUGGGCCGGGCGUGUCCGACGCCUACUACUGCAAGGAGUGCACCAUCCAAGAGAAGGACGUGAGUGGCUCCGUGUGUCUGGAGGGGCGUUGGAUGCUAGCGAGCAAUGGUGAUGGUUCACAGUGCUCCAAACUGUCCUUGUCUUUCAAAAACAAGAACAGUAAUGUCCCAGACACUCUGUGGACGCUCUUAACCAACUGGCUAAAAUUAGAAAAAUAUUUACUUGUAUUCCGCGCAGAAAACCAAGCUGACCCGAACACUGCCCACAAUCCAAGUGCCAGGCCCUUAAAAGCAGAGCAAUACGUGAACAAAGUGUGUUUAUCAAACAAGACCUUAGUAGCGGUGGGCUAAAUAUGGAAAUAAUUUACAAAUUAAAUUAACCAUAGUUUAUAUUGCUUUAAAGAAUUUACAAACCUUUACAAAACUGCCUAAUCAUUUCCCUGGAUAUAGAGUAACUUCGCAGGCAAAAUUAUGGUUACGCAGUAAAAAUACUGUAUAUAUAUGAAAUAUAAACAUUUCAUCAAAAAAAAUUUACGCAGAAAUGCCAUUAAGGGCGCGGUUGACAAAAUGGCAAGAAAUUCCGAGCAAAUUUGGGUGGCUGUAAUAAACAUAUUUAAUAAGAAAUAAAAAACAUAGUACUGACAAAUUAAAAAAAAAAUGCUUUCUUUCCACACACACCAUAGUUAGAAAAAAUAAAUGACCCACGUUCUGUAAUAAAGUUAAUAAUAAUACUACUUCUUUACAAUACUUUUGGAAUUUAGUGGUUUAGUGUUCAUUUUGCCUAAAAAAUGUUAGAUGAUCACUGUCUUAUAUUUACACGAAUAUGUAAUAACCCUGUUUUCAAAUUGUAUUGUGUUAGUCAUGCUGUGAUAAAAAAAAGUAUUUUUAAUUAUUUUUUUUUUGUUCGAAGUUUGCUUUGCCUGGUCACAAAACACAUAUUUUUAAGGAUACAAAGCUUUUAAAAUGUAAUAAAUUUGUGGUACAGUGGUUGGUUUGCAUUUGCACUUUAAUUCUGACUUAACGAAAAAAAAAUUAUCUCCAGUAGUUUAAACGUAAAACAAUAAACAGUGAGGAUACGCACGGGAAAGCUGUUCUCUAGUUGAGAGGCGCGCUACCAGAGCGCACUCGGUGCCUUAUCAGCAACCGCCUCGGCGCAGCUGCGCGGGCUCGGAUAGCCCCGCGUUGCCGUAUCUUUCGACCCGACGUCUCUACUCACUGCUAGCGGGACUGUUCGUGAAGCAAUGGGUACGAGGAAAGUUCACUACUACAAUAAAAAGAAAA